CAUCCACACAUGGCGACACUGGUGGGGAAUUCAGCCCAGGAGGUGAUGGACGCCAUUGAAGAGAAGGGAGAUGACGAGAUACCGGAAUGGGAGCUGGAUGAGCUGCUGGCUUGGACCAACACUCUCAACUUUGAGCACUAUAUGCACGAGUGGCAAACCUUAGCCCGCAGUCACUCCUCUGAGCCAAGGAAAGAUGUUCCUUCAUGUCCGCCCAGGUCAGACAGUUAAAAGUUUAUUCAGAAUCAGCAGAAACCCGGCAGCACUGAACCACAGCAGCUGAAAUGGAAAACGUGAAGACUGGAGAUGCAGAUGAUUGGAUCAAGUCUCUUAUUGAAGAGUCUCACAAGGCCAAAGAGUACUCUUACUCUCCUUACAGCCAGCUCCGAGUGGGAUCAGCCCUGCUAACGGAGGACGGAAAGAUCUUCUCAGGUUGCAAUGUUGAAAACGCAUGCUUUUACCUGGGUCUGUGUGCAGAGAGGACUGCCAUAAACAAGGCUGUUUCUGAAGGGUACAAGACAUUUAAGGCCAUCGCUGUUUCCAGUGACCUGGAGGACCGGGUGAUCCCGCCCUGUGGUGCCUGCCGACAGGUCAUAAGAGAGUUUGGUGAUAUGCCCGUUUUCAUGACCAAGGUGGAUGGAUCCUACACCAUGAUGACAAUGGAGGAGCUGCUUCCACUGUCAUGGGGUGCUGAGUACCUGAAGAAAUUGGAGAUGGACCUUCCAAAAACAUUGUAA